AUGAUUAUGGAUAAAAUUAAAAAGAUUGAUCAUUAUGAAUCUCUUCCAUUUCGUAAAAGAUCAACAAAUGGAUCUCAAAUACAACAUCAAUUAUCUUCAAAUUCUUAUCAUUAUGAUGCCAAAUCUAACAAAAGUAGUAAUCGAUCAUCAUCUAGAGAUUCUAUGCGGCUACCAAUUUAUCAUAAACAUAAGCAUAAAAGUGUCUAUAAUCAUCAUACAACAACAAGCUUUGACACACCAUCAUCAUCUUCAUUAUCAUCUAAUACGUUUGUUCCUACUAAAGAAUUCAUUCAAAAAUAUAGACAAACAUCAGUUAAAGAUAAUAGUUUAAAUUCGACUAAUACAAAACCAAUAAAAUCCGUUGAUAAAGCUGCUAAACAUUAUCAACAAAUUGAAACUCCUUCAGUUGAAUCAUCUUUGCAUAAUGCAGAACUAUCAUGUUCAAAUAAUCAAAAUCAAGUAUCUUGUUUACGUAAUGAAAUCGAAUUAAAUAAACAUUCGACUGUAGACAAUUACCAAUUAUCAUCAUCAAAAGAUCUUAACAAACCCAAUAUAUUAUUGAAUAAUAAUCAAGUUCCAUUGAACCCAAAUUUAUUUUCAAAAAACAUAACAAUCAAUCAUUAUCCAAAUAUGUUGGCAGAUUUUGAUUAA